UUCGCACAAAAAGUUGCCAAUAAAAUUAUGAUGGAAAAAAUAUCUAUAUUUUUGAACCAGUGAUGAGCAUGUCAAGAGCCAUAUUGUCCUAUUACGUCCACGUGUGUCGUAUCUGUGUACAUAAAUAAAUUGAGAGACGUAUCUUUUCUAAAGAUGACUAUCUUUUAUAAAGAAAUACCUAAAGAAAUGGAGUAUGAACCAAUGGAUGAAACUAAUGAGGAUAUGGAGGAAAGUAGCAGUAGUAGCGAAGAAGAAAAAGAUUCUAUGGAAAAUGAAGAUGUUGAAGAGAAAGAAGAUCAAAAUACAGAAUCCAAGGUAUAUCUUCCUGGGCAACCAUUAAAAAGUGGAGAAGAACUUGUAGUUGACAAAACAGCAUAUAGACUUCUACAUCAUGCACAAUCUGGUGCACCUUGUCUCAGUUUCGACAUAAUCUCGGAUAACCUGGGUAACAAUAGAGAAAAUUAUCCUUUGAGUAUGUAUCUUGUUGCUGGAACACAAGCUGCCAAAACGCAUGUCAAUAAUCUUCUUGUUAUGAAAAUGAAAAAUCUUCAUGGCACUAAGGACGAUUCUGAUGAUGAGUCUGAUGAUGAUGAAUUAGACAGUGAUGAUGAUACAAAUACACCUGUAAUGCCUGUUGCACCAAUCAAACAUCAAGGUUGUGUUAAUAGAGUAAGAUAUACAAAACUUGGUGAGACAACUGUAGCAGCAAGUUGGAGCGAGUUAGGUCGUGUACAUAUUUGGAAUUUAGAUGAACAGUUAAAAGUGCUUGAUAAUGAUGAACUGCUUCGUGCAUAUCGUAAAAAGUGUGAAAAAAACGAUGGAGGCAUCAAACCAUUAUUUACAUUUAAAGGACAUCUUUCAGAAGGAUAUGGAUUAGACUGGUGUUCAACUGAAUUAGGUACUUUAGCUUCUGGUGAUUGUAAGGGUAAUAUUCAUAUAUGGCGUAUCAGUAACAGUAGUAGUACAACAUGGCACGUGGAUCAAAGACCAUACAAUUCACAUGCACCACACAGUGUUGAAGAUAUUCAGUGGUCUCCUAAUGAAAGACAUGUGCUUGCUUCAUGUUCUGUUGACAAAAGUAUUAAAAUUUGGGAUACAAGAGCAAGCCCGCAGUCUGCUUGUAUGUUAACAGCAUCUGGCACACACACUGCUGACAUUAAUGUUAUUUCAUGGAAUCGUACUGAAAGUCAGUUUCUUGUAUCUGGUGGUGAUGAUGGUUUGAUUUGUGUAUGGGAUUUGCGUCAAUUUGGCUCUAGUUCGAGUCCAUUAGCUAUAUUUAAACAACACACCGCACCCGUUACAACAGUUGAAUGGCAUCCACAAGAAGCUACUGUAUUUGCUUCUGGUGGAGCUGAUGAUCAAAUUGCUCAGUGGGAUUUGUCAGUAGAAGCUGAUGAAUCAGAAGAUACAGGAAGUAAUGAAUUGAAGGAAUUACCAUCCCAGUUAUUAUUUAUACAUCAAGGACAAACAGAUAUUAAAGAAUUGCACUGGCAUCCUCAAUGUACUGGUGUGCUGGUAUCAACAGCACAUUCAGGAUUUAAUAUAUUUCGUACAAUUAGUGUAUAAUAAAUUAAUCUGUUUAAUAAUGCAA